GUCAUCCUUGUUCCUACCAUUUACUAGCUGGGUGCUUUGAGUUAGUGAAAAGAUUUUCUAGGUACUUCCAUUUCCUUACUAUAAAGCAGCAUAACAACUAACAAACUUUUUGCAAGGGUUAUUAUAUCCACAAGCGCCCUGCCAACCACUGGGCUGAGUUUUGGAAGAUCAGUGCUGGUGUGGUGGCCUCUGCCUUCAGAACUUGCAGCCUGUUGGGGUCAUUAGCUGUGAAGCAGGAGAGCUCUGCCCAAUUUCUGACAUAGUGGCCAAGUCUGCAGGUGCAGGUGAGGUGCGCAUGCGCACAGGAUCUAAAACAAUAUUUAGACAUUUUUUCUCUCUUGGAAACUGAGCUGAGGAGGGAACCCAUGCUCCUGCACAUGGAAGCACUGUGCUCUACAUCUAACUAUAUAACACACCCCAGCCCGUUCACAAAAGCCUUUUGAGGGGAUCCUAUUUCAUAAUAGGUUGCUUCACGUGACCGCCAUUGUAGAUCCUAAACUGCAGAAUGGCAGGGACGGGCGAGGAGCAGAUCCCUGGCGCCGACCAGUUAUAUGUCCAAUACCAAGGAUAACCACCUUCAGCCAGUUUUAAAGUCUUGAGAGGCGCGUGCGCAGUACUCUUGCCUCGUCCCCUGCCUCUUCGUCGUGGAUUGGCGAAUUCCAGUCACGUGGACGCGCCUCGCCUCUUCCUCGCAGCAGAGGGCUCGCCCGCUGGCUUGUUUCCGGUUCCGUAGGUCCAAGAUGACGGAGCCGGGCGCCUCUCCCGAGGACCCCUGGAUCAGGGUGGAGUACGCCUACAGUGACAACAGCCUGGACCCUGGGCUUUUUGUAGAAAACACCCGUAAGGGAAGUGUAGUGUCCAGAGCUAAUAGCAUCGGUUCCACCAGUGCCUCUUCUGUCCCCAACACAGAUGAUGAGGACAGUGAUUACCACCAGGAGUCCUACAAGGAAUCCUACAAAGACCGCCGGCGGCGAGCACACACCCAGUCGGAGCAGAAGAGGAGGGACGCCAUCAAGAGAGGCUAUGAUGAUCUUCAGACCAUCGUCCCCACCUGCCUAGCAGCAGGAUUCUCCAUUGGUUCCCAAAAGCUCAGCAAAGCCAUCGUUCUACAGAAGACCAUCGACUACAUCCAGUUUUUGCAUAAGGAGAAGAAAAAGCAGGAAGAGGAGGUGUCUACACUACGCAAGGAUGUCACAGCCCUAAAGAUAAUGAAAGUGAACUAUGAGCAGAUUGUGAGGCACAUCAAGACAACCCCCACGAGGGGGAGGACCAGGUAUCUGAAGAGGUCAAGUUCAACGUGGUUCAAGGUGUCAUGGACUCCCUGUUUGAGUCCUUCAAUGCCUCCUCUCUGUGGCCAGUUUUCCAAGAGCUGUCAGCCUGUGUUUUCAGAGCUUGGAUUGAGGAGCACUGUAAGCCUCAGGUAUGGGGCAGAAAUGAGCUGGGGUUCUCCAGCUACCCAUAGGAUAGUGAACAAAGCCACUUUUUGUUUCAGAAAAGUAGGAUAGCCUCAGUGUCUUGGAGUGUAUCUUCAACUUCCAGUGUUCUGUUUCGUUCUGUCCAUGCUUCCAGCUGACGUUUUCACGUUAAGGUCUCAUUUGCAAGUAGGGUGUGAGCGCUCAAUGCCAGGGCCCUCUUGUGGCUUUUGUUUAACCCAUGUUAUGCUAUUGCUGCCUCGUUUACCACUUGUUGGCUGCCUUGUGUGGAAGCCCUGUGAUCACCUGCAGCAGUUACGUGCAGUUUUCGGAAAUAUGUAGAUUUCAGGCCCUCACUCCCAGGCCCACUAAAAUAGUUGCCCCAAGAGCUUUUGAUUAUUUAAGAGAGAUGGUACUAAUGGUCUUCUGAAGUCUGGGUGCUUUUUCUCAGGCUUGAACUUGUAUCUGAGAAUCAUGUAAUCAUGUUUCCCAACAUUAUAAUUGUAUUUGCUUUAUCAUAUGUCUGUCUCUUCAUGCAUUUUUUUUUGU